GCAUUUGAAUUGUGUAGAGCUGGCGCAAAAGAGUGAAGAAGCUACCGGAAAAAUUCUUGACUCAGAUAAAGUGAAUCAAUUGCUGCAGGCGCAACUAAAAGAAGUUUCCGCAAAACCGGCGACCAGCCCUGUUUCGCAUUCAUCAAUUCGUCCUAAAUGGGAACCGACAUCAUCUCACAGAUUGGUAAUGGAGUUUGAAUGGUUCGGACAGGAUUUAUCCGGUGUUUACACCGGAUGGAUCAAUGAAGAAAAGAAUCCAGAUGGAAUCGGAACGUUGCGUGUCGAUGAUGGGGCUGUUUACGAUGGGAGUUGGAAAGGUGGAGAAAGGCACGGAGAAGGUGUUUACGCUACAAUCGAGGGGGAUAUCUUCCGUGGUGGCUGGUACGAAGACAAGCAUCACGGUCCGAAUUGUGUCUUUGUUUGGUCGGAUGGACGUGUCUAUCAAGGAGCCUAUUCACACGGCGAUCGGCAUGGUGAAGCCAUCAUGACUUGGCCACACGGAGCAACAUUUCGUGGGACGUUUUCGAACGACAAACGUAACGGUCAGGGUACUUAUGUAUACUCAGAUGGUCGGUGCUAUAACGGAAACUAUCGAGACGAGCGGCCCCACGGAUAUGGUGUUUUGAAGGCAGCCGAUGGUGAAACAAUUAUAUACGAAGGUCAAUGGGAGUUUGGAGAGUUUAUCGGACCGGCAGAGAUGAAGUAGAACAUGUACGCAAACAAUAUGUUGAACCU